CAUGUUGCUUGGUAACCAAAUGGCGUUUGCUCAAACAGCUGAAAUCCCGAACAUACAAACCCUGCGUUUAGGGCAUGUUUUGCAAAUAUAUGUAACGAAAACAAAUGAUGACAUGGAUUAACUAACUUGUUAUCUAUAUCUUUCAAAGGUUCAAGCUUUCUGUUUUGAACAGACACAUUUAGGGCACAGGUCCAGUUCAUAAGCAUGGAGAAGAACAAUUACGCAAUAGAAAGUGCCCCUUCGUCCCCCCCAGUGGAGGAUAUGAUGGAGCUGGACGGCAGGCAGCAGAGAAUCUACCACAGGGCUGCCAGGAUGAUACAGAGGACAUGGAGGAGACAUGUGGAUACACGCGUGUUCCAGUACUUCAAGAACCUUGUGAGGUUCCGUAACCAGGGAGACCCUCGACUCCUGCUCAAAAAUGUCAACCCCAGAGAGGCAAAUAUUCUGGAUGCUGCUGCAGGAGUCCACAUCAGAUUCAGACUGGGAGGGACCACCUUUCCACCGAGCAUCUACUAUAAGAUCUACACCCAUCGACCCAUUGUGGACAUGUGUGCCAACAGCCCCAAGGACUACACCCACCCCAGUCAGAAGAGGUCCGUCCCCAGGCAGAUGCACAACGGGAGGACCCAGGUGCAGGACGACCAUGCUGGCUGGUACCACCGCGUGGAGAACAACGGCUGGAGACUGCUCUCUGGGAAGGCUGCUCUGUUCGGUGACAUCAUCACGUUGGAGACCAAUGGCAGGAAGGUGGAGUUUCACCAUUCCAAACUGCAGCGUCGUCAGGACGUGGACAGGAGGAAGAAGAGGAGGAAGAUUGAAUGGUUGAAGCAGAUGUAUGACCGUGGCUGUCUGCAUGCACGUACAGAGCAUAGUGAGACAGCCAUGCUGGUGGAGCGGUCAGCCCAGGGCAUGAUGGACGCCGUGGAGCAGCUGGGACCCAACCACAUCGUAGAGUGGGAAGUGGAUGAACUACUGGAGUGGACCAACGCUCUCAACUUUGAGGAGUAUAUUAAUGACUGGGGGGUUGUGGGUACCAGUAAUUCCUCUGAGUCUUGGAAAGACAAGAGGCUGGUUCCUUCCAACCUGGAGCCUUGUGUUGAGUUCUCAGGGCUGGGGCAGGACGACAGCCAGGUGGAUACCUACAGCAGUGUCCUCCACCCCCUGGUCUCCAGCCUCAUCAAGUCAGAACACUCCAAGGCCAAUCUCUUUGACUGACUGACUGACUGACUGACUGGCUGACUGGCUGGCAUUGUAUUGCUGACCAGACCAGUAAAUUGCAAUAGCAACCAUCAGACACUACUACUAUGACACUAUACAGUGAGAUUAAAUUAAAUGUGAUGAGAUGUAAAGCAAAGUGGUGAAUGUAACUAUGAUAAUACAUUACAGGUUGUUGUUGCUAAGGGUAA